GGUUGACGUAACUCGAAGAGAUAAAAGUAUCCCCUCCAGCUAUUCAACCACACCUGCGUACUAGUGUGCUGCACACGCUCCGAUUUCACGAAAGCUGCGUGCUACCAGAUCUGUCCUCAACUAUUGUUUCUCUUCUCGGACAACAUACACCUCCGCUUAUUUCGUCUUUGCUGCUAAUGGUUCCAACGAAGACAUCUAUUACGUGUAUUGCAUUUUAACUGGUAGUCUUCUUUAGUUUGGUCUCUAGAUUUCCAUCUUUCAAAAAGAAGUUGUGCAAGGCUAAUGAGCUUUAAACGAAGAAGGACGGACGAGGAGGAGGCGUGCGAGGCCCUGGGUGGGCUGCUGCGUCAAACGGCAGCGCGUGCGGUGGAGCGGGUUCGCAUGCAACGCCAACAGCGCGCUGCCGGGGAAAGGGGCAGUCUGGGCGUUGCCGCCCUGUCGUCGUCCGCUGCGGAAGCGGUGGUGCGCACCGCCAAACCGAUGGAUGUGCUGGUCAUCCGCUUCUGCAUGCACUACCUCGACUGCAGUCGCGCAGCCGGUCCCACGCAGUUCCUGCGCCUAGCCCAAAACAUUGUCACAUCCAGUGUAGAGCGCGUCUUCGUGCCGCAGCUGUUUGCGAAAGGCAACGCAUCGCUCCCGGCCCUGUGCGAGUCCCUCGUGGCCGAGCACACCGCCGAGGAAAUUCAGACGGCCGUGAAGGAGAUCAACGAGUUUGUGGAGGCGCGAGGCGCGUUGGGUGCGUGGCUGACGGAGGCAGCGGAGAGGGCCGGACGUAUGGACGACGACGACGACGAUGAUGAGGCCUACGGUGGUGCGUGGGAUAGAUCAGCCAAGGGGCGCGAUGAGCGAUACGGCGGCUUCAAGAGUGAGGAGGAAGAAGUCACGAGUGAGGGCGCCGUGGACGCUGUGGGGACAACAUCCGCUGAGACCGGUGAGGAGCUGGCCGAGCCGCCCUCGCCAACGGAGGAGUUUGCGCUCGCCUCCACGCUCUACAAGGCGUGUGAGUACUGGGUGCGCGUCCAAGCUUUCCUGAACGCACUGUCGUUGCACAGCGCACGUCUGCACGUGUUUAAGAUGCCACCACGCUACGAGAGAGAACUGCUGCUACUGCUUUACAGCGCCACGCGCGGCACCGCCGUCAGCGGCAAGGUAGCAGUUGCCGAAGGCCAACUACCGCCACCGGCAGAAGCAGCGGAUGGUAUCCCCACACGCGACAACGUACCCAACGCAUUCUCUGUGGUCAAAGGCGAAAGCAGCAGCACUGUCAAAAAGGAGCCUGCGCCGGACCCCGAUGACAGGGCGUACGCAGCAGCAGAGAACGGGGUGUAUCGCAGUGACGCGGAUGACGAUAGCACCGAGGAUGACGCGCUGCCCUCGUCGCCGACUCGUCAACCACGCCAGCUGUAUAAAUCCUCCGCGCUGCUAGCCGAUGUGCUGGCACUCUCGCGCUGCCCUGCGCCGACAUCUUCAAAGGACGCGGUGUCCUCUCCAACGGCGACGUCGGCGCCACGCCUGACAGCGGAGGCCAGUCGCCACUUGAGAGGUGUUAACCCGGAGUAUUACAAGAUGGUGUACGCGCGACUGGGCUUGAUGGUGGCUCGCGAUCGCCUCCAUCGCUUUGAUCAGUCCUCCUCGGUGAACCCGCCGGAGCUCAUCGUGCAGCAGCGGAACUUGCAGGAACAGCUUCAACAGCAACAGCUGUCCACUGCAGCCGCCGCGACGGCGUUGCCUGGCCAAAUGGAGGCAGGGCUUCCGACCAGCUAUGUACCUGAUGACGCGUACUACGACAAACUUCUUCAACAGCAAAACGACACCGUCGAGGAGGACGAGGAGGUGUAUAAAGGCGAGGUGAUGGAUUAUUACCUGUCCCACCCGGGUCGCUACUCGUCCUCCGCAACAGCAGCCGCAUCAGCGUCGUCGCGGUCUCGGCAGCACGGCGGUGCUCGCAACAGCGCUGCAAACAACGGGGACGGUGAGGCGCCGCUCAUGAAGCCGCACCGCUUCUGCAAAGUUAAGACAGGGUAUUCGUGGACGCAAUAUAAUCGAACCCAUUACGACAGCCGCACGAACCCGCCCCCACGCACCGAGAUGUGGUACGAAUUCACGCUCUUCUACCCUGCGCUCGCCAACACGAAGCGCGAUAUGCGCCACAUCUUUCGCAUCGAGGACGCACCGGAAGGUCCGAAUGACCAGUACUGUUUGCUGGUCUUCAGCGUGGGUCCGCCGUAUGCGGAUGUCGCCUAUCGUAUCCGCAAAAAGCAGUGGGACACCCGCCGGGGUGGGGUGCGAAUUAGCUUCGACCAAACAGGAAGGUACAAGCUGUUCUUCCGGUUCACGAACAGCAAUUACCGGCGUUAA